CUCCCUCAAUCUCACUGCCUCCUCCUCCUCCUCCUCCUUCUCCUCCUCCAUCCUCCUCCCAACCCUCCAAUAGGCAGCACCUAUUAUAAAAUUAUUAGCCCCCGUUGCAGCACUUCCAUUCUCUGCGAGACGGAAAAAUAUGUGGAGUCUCCUCCGAGGCUGGCGGAUAAGACCGAGGAGGCAGCCCGUGUGAUGCUGAUGCUGAUGCUGAUGCUGCUGCUGCCAAUGCAACACCUCUGGAGGGGAUGCAAGAGACGCGGUGCAGCUGGUGCUGAAGAGGAGGAGAGGACUAGACACUACUACAACACAGCCUGAUGGGGAACUGAGAGAGAGAGAAGAGAGAGAGAGGGAAGAGAGAGAGAGCAGAAACAACCCAUGGUGGAGAAGAAGAAGGAGGGGAGACAAGCACGGGGAUUAGGUGAUUGAACCCGUGAUCGCACUGUUUCACCGCCGACGGAGCCCUCCAGUCGCUGUUUGGGGGGGAAACAGCCCAAAAAAAAACAAUAAAACAUGGAGCUGAUGGAUCUACAUUCAGCUCUAAACAACAAAGUGAGGAUUUCAGUCAUGGCGAGGCUCGUCCUUUCCCUCCUGCUCCUGUGUGGAUGCCAAAAUAGCGUCUGCCUGACGUCCUCAGAGGCUCAGAAGGAGGCGGCCGCCAACGACAACAGCACAGUUUUCACCAGGAUCCUGGACGGGCUCCUGGAUGGUUAUGACAACAGGCUCCGGCCGGGGCUUGGAGAGAACGUCACCGAGAUCCAGACGAAUAUUUUCGUCACCAGCUUCGGCCCGGUGUCGGACACGGAGAUGGAAUACACCAUAGACGUGUUCUUCCGUCAGAGCUGGAAGGACGAGCGUCUGUGCUUCAAAGGGCCCAUGGAGAUGCUGCCGUUGAACAACCUGCUGGCCAGCAACAUCUGGACCCCCGACACCUUCUUCCUCAACGGCAAGAAGUCUAUCGCUCAUAACAUGACCACGCCCAACAAGCUGCUGAGGCUCCAGGAUGACGGCACCUUGCUUUACACAAUGAGACUGACCAUAUCAGCAGAAUGCCCCAUGCAGCUGGAGGAUUUCCCCAUGGAUGCACACGCCUGCCCUCUCAAGUUCGGCAGCUAUGCCUAUCCGGUGUCAGAGGUGGUCUACACUUGGAUGCAGGGAGCUGCUAAGUCGGUGGUGGUUGCAGAGGACGGCUCCAGACUCAACCAGUACCAUCUUAUCGGGCAAACCGCUGGCAAAGAGGACAUACACACAAGCAGAGGAAAGUAUACAGUGAUGAUGGCCCACUUCUACCUGAAGAGGAAGAUUGGAUAUUUUGUCAUCCAGACGUAUAUGCCCUGUUUCAUGACUGUAAUCCUGUCCCAGGUGUCAUUUUGGCUAAACAGAGAAUCAGUUCCUGCGAGGACUGUCUUCGGGGUGACCACCGUGCUGACUAUGACCACCCUCAGCAUCAGCGCCAGGAACUCGCUCCCUAAAGUGGCCUACGCCACGGCCAUGGAUUGGUUCAUCGCCGUCUGCUACGCUUUCGUCUUCUCCGCCCUCAUCGAGUUCGCCACGGUGAACUACUUCACCAAGAGGAGCUGGGCCUGGGACGGCAAGAAGGCUCUGGAGGCACAGCACCCUAAGAAGCGAGACCCCAUGGUGCUGUCCAAAAAGCCCAACAACGUCUGCUCGGCGGGCGUCAACUACACCCCCAACCUCACCAAGGACGUGUCCAUCUCCACCAUCUCCAACACGACGUCGGUGCAGCUCCGCGCCUCCGAGACCAAGAUGGUGGACCCCAAGAAGACCUACAACAGCGUCAGCAAGAUCGACAAGAUGUCGCGGAUAGUGUUCCCCGUCCUCUUUGGAACCUUCAACCUCGUCUACUGGGCCACGUACCUUAACAGAGAACCAGUGGUGAAAGGAGUGGUCACCUCGACGUAAUCUUUCUCUCUUUUUUUUUUUCUGAGACAGAGUGUAAGGGGAUUCAGUUUGAGAGUGGGUGGACUAAAAGAAAAAGGUCUCUGCCCCAGACAAAAAAAGAAAUAUCUGCGCUUGAAGAACAAAAACAAACUAUACUCAACUAUCUAAUUCAAGCACUUUUGAAUGGAUGCAAGGCUUCAACAGAAUCCCUUUCCCGUUUUUCAUGGCCUAAAAAACUGCUCGAUCACAAAAAGAAACUGCUUCUUAAGACUACGUCGACGAGAGAGCGGCUGCUUUGCUUCUUUCUCAUCUCUCCUGCUGCAGUUUGCAUGACGCUCUCCUCAAAAGGGAACUCCUCUUUGUCUUGAAUACCGACCAUGUACAUGUCAAUCACCGCUUAAAGUAUGGGAGCACACUUCAUCGCUACUACUUGAGGUUUUAAACGGAAACUAACGUAGGCAUUUUUAGCAAUUUUGCCUAAAUUUAAAUAUAUUCUUAUCAUGGAGGCUUGAAAUGCAUAGAGCGUGUGCUACGGAGGAAAAAAACAUGCAUUUUUUUUAAUUUAAAAAAAUUAUUUAAAACAUUAAUUCCACAUCGUGUGGAAGAAACUUCUCUUGAGAUUAAGUGCAUUAAUAAUUACGUUUUAUGUCUCUUUUAAAAAAACAAAAUGCUGUUUUUUUCUCCUAUUGCAGCCGGUGCUUGUGUGUCUCUUUGUACAUCUUUACUUGAACAUUCAAAGCCUUCUGCUGCAGGCCUGGUUUCCCAAAAGCAUCGGCAGCCUCGAUGGAAAAUGACGAAAAAUAGAUUGAAUGCUACCUGAAGGUGAAAUUAUCACCGCAGGGGUUUUUAAAGGCUUCUCCAUUCAUAAAAAAAUUAAAAAGUCGUCAUUUAUGGGCAGCUUGCCAACAAGAAUAUCAGAAAAACUUCUUUGGCCCACUUACACUGGGUGACUGGACGGCUGUAGGCGGUGUGUUCAGGACAAAUUUAGAAAUUGGAUGCUGGUGCUUUGACUGAAUUUUGAGCCUGGGUCACUCAGCUAGGAAACUAAUAUUCACAGCUGAGAGACCAGUGCUCGAAACGCAGUAUAUGUGUCACAUACAAAUCAGCGUCGUGAGAGUUCAGAGGCUGUCAUUCAGGGCACAAACUUGGAUUUAGGCAAGCAUCCAUAUUGCUGCAACACUACCAGCUCCAGUUGUAGGACUAAUUUGCCAUGAAUUCUGGGUAAAUUAAGGACGUUUUACUGGGGAAUAUCUGACCUCCCAGCAAUCAAUUAUCAUACUAUUUUUCUGCAUUCUAGUAAAAUACUGAAAGUAAAGGAACUGAAAAUAGACAAAAAUAUCCCCAAGAGAGAGGUGAAUACAUGUCAGCAAACUUACUGUAAAGGCCUGUGGUACCGUGGAAUAUGUGGUGACUUAAAGGGGCUACUUGGUGAACUAGCUGGAGACUGCUCACACGCUAGCUAUCUAGCCGGGACAUGCUAGUGCUUGUCAGUCACAAUGGCUAAGCUUCAGCAUUUUUUUGCCAUUUUAAAUGAUGAUGUGAGUAGACAAGUUGAUUAGACUGUUGUCAGUGGUUAUCAGCUUCAUAGAUGUGGGUCAGUAGGGGCCUACUACACUAUACUAGUAGGUUUUAUCAUUGAUUCACAUGGUGGAUCACCGAAAGAAGGAAUAAAAGUAGACGACAGCGACCUCUAGCAACUAGUAAUUAUGACAGUAUGUGUAAAAACGUAACGUUUCAUGCAGUUUUACGUGUUAAAACUUGUUGCUUUUAAGUUUCGCUAUUAGUAGGCGUAGCAGGCCCCUACUCACCCACAUUUAUGAGGCUUAUAGCGACUGAUAAUGCACAUUUAAUGGCCUGAUUACAGUCGAAUCAGGUGCAGCAGACCUUUAAGCUACGAAGAUUUGGGGAAAUUAGGCUGAGUUUCGUAAGGGAAUCAUGUAAAUAAACUUUUAAUUUUCAACUUUGCUUUGACACAAAAAAAGACAAUGUUGAGACUUUGAGUUUUAAACCCUUGGAAGAAAAAAAAAAAAGCCAAUGCCUAACGUUGACUUUCAAUUUCUGAAGAUGUUUUCAUCUGAUAUCUUUCUUAAUGUUUGUGUGCAAGAUUCUUUUCUUCUUGUUGCUUGUAGAGGAGCUUACAUCUGAUCAAACUUUUUCGAUCUUUGAAUAUGAUAUGUUUUUGGUUUCAUCUAUUUCUACAUUGACUUGAUCGAACCGGAAGAAAUGAGCACACGAUUGUGGCAUUUUGGCUCGAGCCCACCAUAGCACAGCCUGUGCGACUUGUUCGACUAUGGUGAGACAUACUCAGGAACAAAAGGACCCAUGCUCCCAGCAGAAGAGUUGCCUCAGAGUCACUGUUUCUUUAAUCUCAUGGAUGUUAAACAGUGCAGUUGGGAGCGUGACACAACGGCUUGGUGAAAAAAACUUACGAAUAAAGAUGACAUCAGCUGCUACUGUACCUGCUUUGCUUUGUGAAAUUGGGACCUACAAAUAUCGUCACGAUAUCAGCUUAAAGUUCUUUCCAAAGCGCUUUUGUUUUGAAUUUUUGUGCCAUAAUUUCUUGUAGUGUUUUUGUGAUAGUUUGAGUUGAUGUUGAUUCUGCAUUUUCUGUAAAUCUAAGGUGUCUGUCGAUGGGUGUGUAUCAGAGCAAAGCUACUGUACGUUUCAGUGAUUGUUAAAGCGCAGCAGCAGCAGCAGUGUAAAAGGAAGUCCAGUGAAAUGCAGUUGAAGGCGAUCUAUACGUCCGUCUGCCUGGGGGUCGCCAUGGCAGCAAGUCCAGAUGAACAGACCCAGACAUCCUUUUCCCCCGGCGAUAACCUCCAACCUCUCUAUCUGCUCCUCCACUGACUCUGCUGCUUGUACACAUUAUCACUGUGUAUAAUAUGCUAAUUUGUUUCUGAUUACGCCCGCAGUAGUGGAGUCCUUCACAAAGUUUGGGGGUCGUUUUGUUUGUUUUUUGUCAGAGCUGAACUGCUCCAGUGCUGCUUUAUUUCAGCUGACUAAGCCUUAUUUUGAGUUGUAUUACCAAAGGAAAUGAAACUGUAAUAAGCAUUUUUUGGUCCCUAAUCAUGUAAGUGUAUUUAGCCUCCAUUGUUUUCUCUAUGGAUGGCGACGUCGGUCCGUCUGUCCGCCACUAAAACAUUCCCAUCAGCCUUAGCUGGGGAGCGUUAUCUAUGCUCCCAGGGUCCUAUGUUCUCCUCUUAAUAUGGCUCAUUAAGGCGACCUUUCAAAGGUCUCAGUGAUGUUUUUUUUCCCUGUUCAAUGUAUGUUUCCCUGGGUCAGCUUAUAGCUCACUGAUGUUAUACUCCUUGAAACCCACACACUCUAAUAUGUGGACUUCAGACAUUGAUAUCUCCACAGUGGCUGAACGGAUCUUUACCAUUCCAACUGCAUUUGAAACAUUCAUGUCCCUUUGUCAUUUUGAUGUUUGAACUGCAAGCAUAAGCCUUAGCAAUGUCUUACAAUGUUAGUUUAUGUAAAGAACAUAGGACCCUGGGAGUAUAGAGAUGAUGUUCGCACUACGAGCGUCAAAAGCAACAAAUCGGCCAAGCGUUGCCAGCUACAUUGUCGCAGAGGUUGUGUCUAGAAAUGUAUUUCCCAAGUUGCGAAAACGUGCGAGAACUCUCGCGAGACUCGCUGCUCGACGACCUAUCCUAACCCUAGUCAUUCGAGGUCAAUGCCUAACCUUAACUAUCUUGUGAGAGUAUCGCAACUUGGGGGUUACAUUUUAGACACAACAUCUCGCCGAGUUGCCGUUGAAGUGUUGCUCAAGCGCUCGUUGACAUAAGUUAUGGCGUUAAAUACCGUGUCAUUGGAGCGCUGGAAAAAACUGAGACCAGCUCAACUUUAUUUGUAGCGUGUCAUGCCCGUCACACAGCGACAAGUGUCGGUCGUCAGUUUGUAGCUUCAUGUCCCCUUUUGCUGUGUUGCUCGUAGUGUGAACACAGCAUUAGGGGAACGUUAUGGGCUAAUUAGCGAUGGUUAACAUGCUAACAAGCUGGCAAACAUCUAUCCAUCCAUCCAUCCAUCCAUUUUCAUCCCCUUAUCUGGGGCCGGGUCGUGGGGGCAGCCGACUUAAGCAGGGAAUUCCACACAUCCCUCUCCCUAGCAACGUUUCCCAGCUCUUACUGGGAGCGUUCCCAGGCUAGACGUGAUAUAUAACAUGGCGAACAUGGUAAACAUUAUAACUGCUCGGCAACCGAUUUUAGCAUUAUCAUUGUAAUGCUACGUUCACACUACGAGCAACAAAAGCAACAAAACGGCCAGCGUGGCCAGCUACAUUGUCGCCGAGUCACCGUCGAAGUGUUGCUCAAAUGCUCGUUGACGUAGUUAUGACGUUAUAUAGUGCUGGGAACUCGCUAACGGCAUUUACAUAGACAGAACAAAACAGGGUGAAACAAAAACAUGAUUGGUUGACGCUUCACCACGUCAUUUGAGAGCUGAAAAAAGUUGAGACCAGCUCAAAUUUAUUCGUAGUGCGUGUCGGGCGUCACUUUGGCAUGUUUGCCACAGUGUGUCAGCAUGAUCACACACUAUGGCGAACAUGCUAAAUUGCUUAGCAUCAGCAUAUUAGUAUUAUCAUUGUUAGCAGGCUGAUGUUAUCAUCUAGCUCAAAGCACUGCUGUGCAGCCUCACAGCCCUGCUAGCACACACUAGCAGGGCUGUGGUUGGCAAAUAGUGGUCCGUGAGCCAAAUUUGGCCCUCCAACAAAAGCUGUAAACUUUUAUAGUUUACAAAACUUUAUUAUUUUCAUAAAUAGACUGCUAUUCUGUCCAUACAUACACCUUUCUGAGUGCCCCUAUCUAUCCAUCCAUCCAUCCAUCCGUUUAACCGCCCCUCUCCUCUCUAUUGCCAGCCAAGAAACGAUUGCCCACCCCUCCCUCCGUCCUCCAGCCACUGUGACAGACUCAUCUGCCAUACAUCUGUUAGAAAAGGGAUUUAGUUCCGCUUAAGUUACUCUCACCCAUUCAGGGGGGCCCCUUACAGCAAAGCGCUUCACUCCAAUUUAAGCCCCGACUGGCCCAGCCGAUGACAAACGCUUGUUUUUCUCUCCCCGUAGUGUCUGGACAGCUGUGGCUGGUGCGUGUCAGGGACAAAUUUAGGAUUGAUUAUAUGUACUUUAUCCAAAGCUAGCUCAUGGGCAGCGAAGCAUUGGGAAGUUUUGAACUUGUGUCUCUCGACUGGGGAAUGUAACACACAUGCAGCGGUCUUCUUAAAGAGACUUGUGCAGCGAUCGCAACAGUUGUCUAUCCCAGGAAGGGGAACAGGCAGCCAUUACACAUGCAUGACAUUUCUCUUGCUUUUUGAGCAUCAAUCGGAGGAAACAUUAAACUGAGAUAUUUGCUUACAAUUUUUUGCAAAAAUGCAGCAAAGCCAUUGUAGCUAUAGCUGGGCUUAACAACGUAUUUGUGUUAUUCAUUCUUUGUUUUAUGUACUGUAUUUGUUUUAUGUAUUAUACUUAAAAUUAUCAAAUAAAAAAGGAUGAGCAACGAC